CUGACUGAUCGACAUUUCAACACAACCUGACGCCAGAAACAUACGAAUAUGGAUCUCUCCAGGAUGAGUGUGACACUACGACUGAGCCAGCGUCCAAGCUUUCACCAUGUCCCACCACCACCCUCAUCAUCAUUCGCUUUGAUGGCUCUCUCUCAUCUCCUAGCCCUCAAUACUAAGUCCCCGCUGAUUGCAGACGAAUAGGGCUCGUCUUGAUGCCAUAUUCGAGAUGGCUCCAUCUCUAUGAGAUACACGGUUUGGUCAUGCCCGGAGAAUUCCAAGAACGCCUUUCCACUGACGUCGUCCUGCAGCUUCAAACCUUCACGAACCCUUCUCGAUGCCUUUGCCAGGAUCCUUCCCCGCAAUUGCGACCACCCCAAGGUCAACCCUUGUAUAGGGUUUGUCCCACGAGCCAUACAGCCUAGACAAUCUGGAAGCUCUCAUUGAGCAUCACUGGCCGGGCUUCUCUUCAAAUCCAGCAGCGACGUUGCAAUGACCAUGUCUGCUACCUACUUGGAUUGCUAAGCGAGCGCUUUCCAUCGAUGAGGUUCAUUCACCAUGGACCAUCCUCACCUAGGUCGGACUUGGCUGCCUCCAUCAGUGAUCAGCACCUUUUGCGUUGCAUUGUUCCUCUUUUCAGGCUUAUUCCUCCUCCAGAACCUGACUUCGUCAUCAUGGUAAGUCAUACUUCUACCCUCCGUAUCUCAAAUAUAAAUACAACCUUCGAUCCCGUGGUACCGCACACUGACACAGGUUGCACGAUUCAUUGCCGGCUGGCUCUCAUUUCCCAUGACGCCUACUUCAGUUGUGUUUUUGGUCUCUUCCUGACUUCGUCUACAGGAGUCUUAAGCCACCACCACUCCAGCCUGACCCGCAGACUUGCGAUAUAUCUUCCGCCAAUAUGAUUUCCACUUCUGUUUUGGCCACUCUCCUUCUCACCACGUGCCUGUCUGUGGCACAGCCGACCGCAUCGAAUGCCUCUCAAACCUCGACCGUCGCCACUGCUUCUUCACAAUUCACUGUACCCGCUGAGGCAGACGAGGGAGCCACGUUACUGCCAAACAUCCAAGAUCCAGAUGCACCUGAUGCACAGACCCAAUGUCCAGGCUACCAGGCAAGCAAUGUCCAGAUCUCUGGGACUGGAUUGACUGCCUCUCUCACCCUCGGAGGAUCGCCUUGCAAUGUGUAUGGCACUGACAUCGAGGAUCUCGUCCUCACUGUCGACUAUCAAACCACUUCACGCCUACACGUCAAUAUUCAUCCUGCAAACAUCACUCCUCAGAACGAGAGCUGGUACAUCCUUCCUACCGAGUAUACACCCGAAGGGGUCCGAGGUAACGGCACGGAGAAUAGUAGCGACCUGACUUUCUCCUGGUCCAAUUCUGCAGAGACAGGCUUCACCUUCAACGUCACUCGCAACAGUACUGGCCAGGUCAUCUUCUCCACCACUGGCUCGAAACUCGUCUUUGAAAACCAAUUCAUCGAGUUUGUCACUGCACAGGACCAGAAUUAUAAUAUUUACGGUCUAGGAGAAGUUAUCCAUGGCUUGAGAUUGGGUGAUAAUCUGACUCGAACAAUCUAUGCUGCUGAUGUGGGUGAUCCGAUUGAUAAAAAUCUCUAUGGGAGCCAUCCAUUCUACCUCCAGACUUCAUACUAUGAGAUUGGAGAUGGCAACACGGCGACUUUAGUCACCGAAAAUUCUGAUGACUUGGACCCGUCCAAAACCUAUACCUCAUACACCCAUGGUGCGUACUUGCGAAAUGCUCAUGGUCAAGAAGUCCUCCUGCGAGAUGCGAAUGUGACCUGGAGAACGCUGGGUGGUAGCAUCGACCUUUACUUCUUUUCAGGCCCGACACAGCCUGAAGUCACUCGUCAAUAUCUGCAAGUCAUUGGCCAGCCAGUCCUCCAACCAUACUGGGGCUUCGGUUUCCACCAAUGUCGCUGGGGCUAUCAGAACUGGUCCGUUACAGAAGAGGUGGUCAACAAAUACGAACAGUUUGGCAUUCCUUUGGAAACCAUCUGGAACGACAUCGACUAUAUGAAUCAGUACCGAGAUUUCGACAAUGAUGAUACUCGCUUUGGCUAUUCCGAAGGUCGCGAAUUCCUCCAGCGGCUUCACGAUGGAGGACGUCACUACAUCCCUAUAAUUGACAGUGCCAUCUACGUACCCAACCCCGAAAACUCAUCUGACGCUUAUUCCACGUUUGACAAUGGAAACAAGUCGAGUUCAUUUCUGCUGAAUCCGGAUGGAUCGCUCUACAUCGGAUCAGUGUGGCCAGGCUACACUGUGUUUCCCGACUGGCUCACCACAGCAAGUCACGACUGGUGGAAAAAUGAAAUCGUCACCUACUACCAGAACCUACCCAUUGAUGGAAUUUGGAUAGAUAUGAGUGAGGUAUCAUCAUUUUGCGUGGGCAGCUGUGGUACAGGCAACUUGACCCUUAAUCCUGUGCAUCCACCUUUCAAACUUCCAGGGGAACCUGGAAACAUCAUCUAUGGCUAUCCUGAAGGCUUCAACCUGACCAAUGCAACCGAGGCUGCAUCUGCUUCUUCCGCUUCUCAGGCUCAAGAAGAAGCCACGGCGACGGCAUCGAGUUCGUCCGCCAGUGAGAGCGCUUCCUCAACAAGUUAUCUCCGAACCACUCCCACCCCCGGUCUCCGAGACGUCAAUCAUCCACCGUAUGUCAUCAAUCAUGUUCAAGGUGAUCUCGCUGUUCACGCUGUAUCCCCCAAUGCAACUCACAACAAUGGGAUUUUGGACUAUGACGUGCACAAUCUCUUUGGCCAUCAAAUCCUACAAUCGACCUACACUGCUUUGCAGGCGGCCAUUCCUGGCAAAAGACCUUUCAUCAUCGGACGGUCGACCUUUCCCGGAUCGGGAACCGUUGCUGGUCACUGGGGUGGAGACAACGAGUCGAAAUUCUACUAUAUGUACUUUUCGAUUCCUCAAGCAUUGAGCUUCUCGCUUUUUGGCAUCCCAAUGUUUGGUGUCGACACAUGUGGCUUCAACGGCAACAGCGACGAAGAACUAUGCAAUCGUUGGAUGCAACUAUCGGCAUUCUUCCCCUUCUAUCGCAACCACAACGUCCUCUCGGCCAACCCUCAAGAGGCCUACGUCUGGGAAUCCGUGGCUGAAGCGACGCAGAAAGCCAUGGCCGUCCGAUUUCAACUCCUACCUUAUCUAUACACGCUCUUUUAUCAGGCACACACCAACGGUGACACAGUCAUGCGAGCUUUGGCCUGGGAAUUUCCACACGACCCUAGCCUUGCCAAUGCAGACCGUCAAUUCUUCCUAGGCCGCUCCAUCCUCGUCACGCCAGUUCUGACUCAAGGCGCAACCAGUGUCAAUGGAGUCUUCCCAGGCCUCGUCGAGCAGACUGACACAUAUUAUGACUGGUACAACAAAACCCCAAUCGCAGCGCCCGAGGCCAAGAACACCACGAUUUCCGCUCCCCUUGGCCAUAUCCCCGUCUAUAUCCGCGGUGGAAGCGUACUAGCCAUUCAAGGCGUGGCACUGACCACAAAGGAGGCACGUUCUUCUCCAUGGUCGGUGCUUGUGGCGCCCGGCAUUGACGGCGCUGCUGAGGGAACCUUGUAUCUUGAUGACGGUGAGUCGUUGGAACCCAACGCCACCAAAUUUAUCACCUUCACGGCCGCGAAUCCGACUUCCCUCGAUGUCACCGUCUCUGGCGGGUACACUGGUCUUGACCUACCGUUGAGUAAUGUCACAUUCCUGGGUGUCCAGAGCGAGCUAGGCCAAGGGACAUCUGUGAACAUUAACGGUCAGAAUGUGUCAUCGGCAUCGAUCUCUUACGACUCUGACGCGAAGACACUGGUGGUCUCGGACCUGGACCAGAUAUUGGGUGGGAACGCAUGGGCCAGCGAUUGGACUUUGUCUUUGGGUUGAGAUACGUAGCUGGAGAGCAGAGUGGAGGAACUCAGCACACACAAACAAGUAGGUAUGGGAGAUCUCGGGGCAUAAUAGCUAGGCAUCAAAUCGUCAUGGUCAUAUCAGCUCAACCAUUUAUUUACCGUACAUUCCAUCUAUAAGAGACGUCGAGCGGGCGGGGAUUGAAGCAGUAUGUGAGAAGACGAUGCCAUAUCGAUGCCCGGGGAAUCCGGGGGUUGCACACCGGCGUACAGGCAAACAUACAGGCAAGACGUGGGAUUCAAAAUUGAUCUACAACAGGCGGGAGUUUCCACUACUCAGGUACCCCGAGGAUUUGAAUAGGCCGAAGAACUUCUUUCUGGUCCUGGUGCCCAGACAACACGAUUAAUAAAGGGAACGAUGAAUGUCACGUGUGGUAGCGUGGGGUGUCACAUGACUGUUCUGAUACAUUCACA